GCACAAUUUGCCGAGAUGAAGUUAUCGGUAAUUGCAGCUUUUGCUGCUCUUUUGGCAUUAUGCCUAAUUGCAGCAGGAGAGCCAUUGUCGCGGAAAAUUAUCAAAAAACCAGAUAUUUUUCCGAUAAAGCCAGGAAAAAAACCACCAGCGCCAAUAAAAAGUUGUGAUAAGGCAGUUGCUGAUGUUAUGCUCGUCUUGGAUGAUUCUGGUAGUGUUGGAUCAACGAACUUCAAGAAAGUGAAAAGAUUUGCACAAAAUAUAGUGAAAUCCUUUAACAUUGGUAGAAACAAAAUUCGCGUGGGAGCCAUUACAUUCAGCGGGAAGGUCAAACUGCAAUUUAAGAUGAAUAAGUAUUAUAACAAGAGGAGGUUGCUCAGGGCAAUCAGCAGAAUAAAGUACAAACACGGAAGUACGAAUACAAAUAGAGCUCUUGACUACUUGAGGACACGGUCAUUCAGACGAGGAGCAGGAGAUAGAAAAGGUGUCCCGAAUAUUGCUAUCGUUCUAACUGAUGGCAAAGCCAACAGUCUCAGUAAAACUAAAAUCGCAGCAUUGAAAUUACGAAAAACAGGCGCCAUUGUGUUUGCUAUUGGUGUUGGCAAAGGAAUUAAACGGUCUGAAUUGAACGUUAUUGGUAGCUCACCACGCCGAAAUUAUGUGUUUUCAGUUAGAAACUUUAAUGCUCUUAUGUCCAUCGCGAAGCAAUUAAUUAAAAGAACUUGUAAUGUUCCAGUAUUACCAGUGCCAAUAACGACAGUUAAAGGUUGUGAUAAGGCAGUUGCUGAUGUUAUGCUCGUCUUGGAUGAUUCUAGUAGUGUUGGAUCAACGAACUUCAAGAAAGUGAAAAGAUUUGCACAAUAUAUAGUGAAUUCCUUUAACAUUGGUAGAAACAAAAUUCGCGUGGGAGCUAUUACAUUCAGCGGGAAGGUCAAACUGCAAUUUAAGAUGAAUAAGUAUUAUAACAAGAGGAGUUUGCUCAGGGCAAUCAGCAGAAUAAAGUACAAACACGGAGGUACGAAUACAAAUAGAGCUCUUGACUACUUGAGGACACAGUCAUUCAGACGAGGAGCAGGAGAUAGAAAAGGUGUCCCGAAUAUUGCUAUCGUUCUAACUGAUGGCAAAUCCUUCAGUCUCAGAAAAACUAAAAUCGCAGCAUUGAAAUUACGAAAAACAGGCGCCAUUGUGUUUGCUAUUGGUGUUGGCAGAGGAAUUAAACGGUCUGAAUUGAACGUUAUUGGUAGCUCACCACGCCGAAAUUAUGUGUUUUCAGUUAGAAACUUUAAUGCUCUUAGGUCCAUCGCGAAGCAAUUAAUUAAAAGAACUUGUAAUGUCCCAGUAUUACCAGUGACAAUUCCUGCUAGACCUUGUGUAUGUUCAGCAUCUGGAGAUCCUCAUUACAAAACAUUUGAUGGUCAGAUGAUUCAUUUUAUGGGAACGUGUAAAUACACACUGGUAACACCUCACCAAGGAAGUAAUUAUCCGCAUUUUAAAGUAGAAGUGAAAAAUGAACAUCGUGGAAGAAAUAAGAGAGUAUCUUAUACACGUCUUGUCGAUGUAAAACUCGGUAACAACACGCUGCGCUUGCUACCGAGACGAAGAAUCACAGUGAAUGGCGUGCGCUUUCAAAUGCCAAUCAAUAAUUAUUUGGGAUUCACAGUAAAAUAUGCUGCUGGUUGGGUUAGAGCCGAAACAGCUUUCGGUCUUCUAGUGAAAUUUGAUGGAAACCAUCGUGUCAUUGUCAAAGUUCCCGGUACUUAUAGAAGAGAACUUACAGGAAUAUGUGGUGAUUGCAAUGGCAAGAAAGAUGACUGGCGCACAAAAGCUGGGGUUAAUGUAUCAAAACGAAGAAACAAAUAUUCUCUUAUCGGUAAAAGCUAUGAAGUUCCUGACGAUAGUGAUAAACCUCAGAAGAAAUGUCAGACAACCGAUGUAGGUGUUACAUGUAAAAACCGAGUAAUUCGGCGUUGCAAAGAAAUUAUCAAGAAGGGAGGUAUCUUUAAAAAGUGCCUGAAGUCUAUAUUUUCGACUGCAGUCAAGUUUUACCAAUCAUGCAAAAUAGACGUUUGUGCUUAUAACAAGGACAAAAAAUUAAAGAAAGAAGUUUUAUGUCGCUCGUUUGAAGCAUUCGCCCAGAAUUGUGAAAAUAUCGGUGUUUUAGUAAACUGGAGGAAAGCACUUAAAUGUAAAUUAAAGUGCCCUAAAAACAUGGUGUAUAAAUUCUCCACUCCUAUAUAUCAACCCUCAUGCUCUAAUAGAAGAAUCCCUCGCAUUAGAAAAUUUACAGAAGGUUGUGUAUGCAAAAAGGGAUUCAUACUUAGUGGGACAGAAUGUGUUCCAUCCACAAGAUGUGGCUGUAAAUACAAGGGAUUAUACAUGAAACGAGGUUCAAGCUUCCUGUUGGACGAUUGCUCAAGGAAAAUUUCAUGUAGGAACAAUGGCAGACUUAGAAUAUCACGACCUUGUCAUAAAUAUUCUGUGUGUCAAGUGGUAAAUGGAGAUCGUGUGUGUAAAUGUAAGAAAGGACAUGUUAUCAAGAGGGGGAAAUGUGUCGCACCAGCACCAAUAACAACAACAACAGCUAAAGGUUGUGAAAAGGCAGUUGCUGAUGUCAUGCUCGUGUUGGAUGACUCUGGUAGUGUGGGAUCUAAGAACUUUGCGAAGGUGAAAACAUUUGCACAAAAUAUAGUGAAGUCCUUUAACAUUGGUAGAAACAAAAUUCGCGUGGGAGCCAUUACAUUCAGCCACAAGGUCAAACUGCAGUUUAGGUUGAAUAGGUAUUAUAACAAGAAGAAUGUGCUCAAGGCAAUCAACAGAAUAAAAUACAAACAUGGAAGUACGAAUACACAUAAAGCUCUUGAUUACUUGAGGAGACUUUCAUUCAGACGAAUUGCAGGAGAUAGAAAACUAGUCCCGAAUAUUGCUAUCGUUCUAACUGAUGGCAAAUCCAACAACCUCAGUAAAACUAAAAGCGCAGCUUUGAAAUUACGAAAAACAGGCGCCAUUGUGUUUGCUAUUGGUGUUGGCAAAGGAAUUAAACGGUCUGAAUUGAACGUUAUUGGUAGUUCACCACGCCGAAAUCAUGUGUUUUCAGUAAAAGGCUUUAACGUUCUAAAUUCCAUUGUGAAGCGAUUGACUAAAAGAACUUGUAAUGUUCAUCCAUGUGACGCAAAACCAUGCAAGAAUGGUGGAGUGUGCAGGAGACGUGGCCAAACAUACAAAUGCUCAUGUAGACGUGGAUUUGUCGGUAGACAAUGUACAAUUGUUUCAUUUCAAGCCCCAGCGCCACUUACUUCAUUAUGUCAGUGUCGAGCAGUAGGUGAUCCUCAUUAUAGGACAUUUGAUGGUCAGAUGAUUCAUUUCAUGGGAUCGUGUAAAUAUACACUUGCAUCAACAAUAAAUGGAACCCGAUUAUCCAAUUUCAAUGUCGAAGUGAAAAACGAACAUCGUGGCUACAAGAGGGUUUCCUACACUCGCUUGGUUGAUAUCAAAAUAAAUGGUGUUACACUUCGUCUGUAUCCAAAACACAGAAUUGCGGUCAACAAUGAAUUAUUAGAAAUGCCAUUGAUUAAGUACAUGGGAUUCACGGUUGUCAAUACUGGUGGAUGGGUUAUAGCAACCACAACAUUCGGGCUUCUAGUGAAGUUUGAUGGUAAUCAUCGUGUCAUUGUCCAAGUACCAAGUUAUUAUAAAGGGCAAUUGACAGGUAUCUGUGGUGAUUGCAAUGGUAGAAAAGAUGACUGGCGUACAAAGACCGGAGUUGACGUAACAAGGAAAAGAAGCAAAUAUUCUCUUAUUGGUAAAAGCUAUGCAGUUAUCGACGACAGCGAUAAACCUAGCAAAAAGUGCGAAGUUACAGAUCCCAGUACUACUUGUUCUAAAUCAGUAACCAAAGUUUGUGACUAUAUGAAAAAUUUCAACGGUGUUUUUAAAAGAUGUAUAAUAAAAUUAGGUAUUAAAGUCGUACAACAAUAUAUUCAGUCAUGCAAGAUUGAUGCUUGUGCUUAUAAAACUGUAUCUAAGACACUCAAAGAAGUUACCUGCCGAGCUUACGAAGGUCUCGUUCGUCAAUGUGAAGAUGCUGGUGUCUUGGUUAACUGGAGAGGAGUUCUUGGAUGCCGUUUGGAUUGUUCGAGAGGCAAAAACAUGAUGUACAAAGUUAAAAUAGCCGCCAACCAACCAACUUGUUUCAACAGAAAUCCACCAGCCAUUUCUUAUUAUAGUGAUGGAUGUGUAUGCAAGCCUAACUAUAUUCUUAGCGGCAAUGAAUGCGUACCUAAAUCAAAAUGUGGUUGCAUGUAUAAAGGAAUGUAUAUAAAGGCACACACAUCUGUUUUGUUAAACGAUUGUUCCCGAUCCAUCACAUGUUUGAGCAAUGGAAAAUAUACGACGAAAUCUACAUGCCCAAAAGAUUCUAGUUGUCUCGUCGAAUUCGGUAGACGCACAUGCAAAUGCGCAUCUGGAUUUGCACCUGUGGGAAAGGAAUGCAAAAAAACAUCAGUGCCACCACCUUCGAUUAUUAAUCCAGCCUUUUUAAAACCAGUUCUGCACAGGUUCUUUCGGGUAACGGUGGCUUACAUAGUAGGCAAACCUUUGGAAGAGUCUACUGAAAAACAUGUGGAACAAUGUGCUCACAAAUGUCUCAAGAAUAAAAAAUGUAAAUCAUUUAACUUCGAUGAACUCGAGAAAAAAUGCCAACUAUAUGAUAUCAGCGCUGCUACUGUCACUUUGAAACCAAGUGAAUGUCCCUAUAAGGAAUAUUUUCAAUUAAUCGAAAGCAGAAAUGUUCUCAUCAAGGGUGCAACUAUAGUAACUUGUGUCCAUCUUGAUGAGUUUUCUAAAAUCAACAGUGAAGAAAAGUGUAAAGCUAAGUGUUCUGAGAAAAAAUGCAAAGCAAUGGAAUACUCUAGAUUUUUCAAACAAUGUGGCGUCACACAUAAAGGCUUGACGACAUAUGGCCUAGUUGGCAAUAUGUUCUGGAAAUUUUCUGUAACUUUGGAUACACUACCUGGGGUGGCCUACUAAUGAAUUCUGACGUUUUUGGAAACAAACGUAUUCACUGAUCAUGAUUUGUGAUGUGUAAUGGUACAAUAUAACAUAUACACACACACGCACACCGGUUUCAGAUACCGCAAACCAGGGUAUAGGUAUAUACAUGUUUACGUACAAGCAUACAUACAUACAUACAUACAUACAUACAUACAUACAUACAUACAUAUAUA